AUGUUCCGCCUGCUGCGGCCGGGCCCGCUGCGGCCGCCGGUGCUGCCCCGCAGGUCUCUGCCCGCCGCCGUUUUCCGUCCCCCGGGCAGCGAGCAGCGCUUCGGUCGCCCUCUUCUCUCGCCAGCGCCGCCGUGCCGCGUAGCGCUGCGCGCCGCCACCGGCAGCCCCGCUAAGGAUGCGGGAUCCCCUGAAAAGGCAGCCACAGAUCUCAGUGGUGAGAACAAGAAACUCAACAAAUCUCAGCAGCUGAAACAAGUUUUCAAACAAUAUGGUGCUGUAGGAGUUUCGUUCCAUGUUGGAAUUUCGUUAAUAUCUCUAGGGAUCUUCUACGUGGCUGUGUCAAGCGGUGUGGAUAUGACUCCAGUUCUCUUCAAACUUGGCUUCAGUGAAUCAUCCCUGCAGUCUAAGAUGGCUGCUGGUACAAGCACGUUUGUGUUGGCAUACGCCAUUCACAAGCUGUUUGCCCCGCUACGAAUCAGCAUCACUGUGGUUUCUGUGCCCUUUGUUGUCCGGUACUGCCGGAAGAUUGGUUUCUUCAAACCUCCUGCUCCAAAGCCAUGAUAAUUUCUUAUUGUUUCUUACUAUAAUUUGUUACAUGUUUAAUAUUCAUGUCGUUCUUCAGAUACUCCUUUGAAUUCAUGUUAAUGCUGACCUUCUCUUGCAUUCCUCUGGCUUAUUCUUUCAGGUAGAUGUGGCAGUAAAAAGUGCUGUCCUCAUCUUUCCCUUUAUAGAAAGCUCUUGAAACAGUCUGGUUUCCACUUCAAGUGCUCACAUAAAUGCUUGACAAUGUGCCGUCUCUCACAAAAACCAGAAGUACAAUUCUGGGUCUUUAUUUUCUGGAUUUUUGGAUCAUUAAUGUUUCUCAUGCCAAAAUGCAGUUGCAGUUUAUUACUGCGCAGUUGGGAAAUAGAGUAAGAUUCCUUUCCCAGUAGUGGAGUGCUGUUUCUUCCAUGGAUCAUGUAAACAGAUCUGUUGGUAAGUAGGUGUACUGGGAUCUAAGGUGCUACAUGAGUGUUUCUUUUGUUGCAGAGGGCAUAUGUUAUGAUCCCACUCCUGCAAUCCAACACACAUGCCAAACUAACUUUAAUGAGAGUACCUGUAUGCUUAAUUAUUGCACAGUUACAAUUGUUUUAGCUGGAAGAGGCAAUGCUCCUCUCUGAAAUUAUGGCUCCUUUGUGGUGCUUCCGUAUCUCAAGAUUCUGUUGUUUGUAACUAUGUUUUUCUGACCUUUCUAAGGUCUUUUUUCUUUUCCUUUCAGUUUUAAAUGCUACAGACUCAUACUGAGUCUAGUGAAAUCGUUAUAACCAGAAUUACCUCCUGUGUGAGUGAAUGUGUUCCAAAGAUAAAGUGAGAAGCAAAGUAA